AACUGUCAAAACAACUGUCAAUGCUGCACGUGUAAACUCAUAUAGAUUGUUGUAAUACUGAUUGAAUUUUGGAUGUGAUUGGACCGUAAAAUGGGGAGAAAAAUACCAGCUAGAAAACAUUUCGGUGUUCGUGAUCCGAUUAAGCAGAAACAAGAGAGAGAGGCAUUAGUUAAAGACAAAAUAAACAAUCCACCGGAGAGAUGUGAUUAUCAGAAGGUUUCACACAGUUUGGCUCGGUUCAUUAAAUUGAAAGAAGCGGCCAAAACACAACAACCACAACAGAAGAAAAACUCGAAACGUUCAGCUGCUGGCAAUGAAGAUAAACCAGAAAACUACACGAAGAAGAGUAAAAAGAAUUGUCCCGAUGCCCGAACUAACAAGGUGUUUGAUAAUAUCCACCAAAAACCCAACGAAUCAGAUUCUAGUUAUAUGAGACGUGUCAACCGUAUCACUCAAGAGUCGGUUGAAGAAGCAAAAUUCGAAGCAAAGUACGGCGUUGAAGUGAUUCGAGAUAAGAAAACUGGUGAAAUAAAGUUGAAGAAGCGACCAGCUAAUGAAAUUGAUGAACGGCUCAAACAAAAUGCAGCCAAUGCAAAAAAGGGAGGUAGAAAGACUAAAGCGACCAUCGUUAUUGCGCCAGAAGAACGUAAAAAAUUGAUCAAAGCAAUGAUUCAAGAGAAGAAACAGAAAGAAUCACAAACAAAAACAACAGAAAUCAAAGAAUUCAAACAAGAUGAGUUUAAAUUUGGCGAAGUUGUGAAUGAACCUCCUCAAUUGACCGUUCCACGUUUGGCGAAAAAAGCUGAAACAGUUCCUCGGCCGGGCCGAAAGUCACUUCUGCUGCAUUCAGUGAUAGAUCAAUAUUCUAAACCCGAAGAAGAAACGCCGACCGAAAAGAACGUCCCUCAGAAGACCAGUAUUGCCAAGGCAAAGAAAGUUUCAUUGAAGGGCAAACGCAAAGAUCUGUCGAUGGCAAUGCGAAAAAUGAUCGAAUCCGAACAAGACACCGUCGUCAAACUCUACAAGGAAUUGAAGAAGAAUAAUCGAGCACAAAAUAAAACAUGAUAAUAUAAAUACCUACCAUGUUUAUGUCAUAAUACAGUUAUUCACAAAAUAAUAAUCGAAGAGUUUCAUUCCACAUAAAAUAUUGCGGUCAAAAGACGCUUGUCAGUUUCGAAAAACAAAAAUGCGGAAUUUGAUGAAUUGCUUGAAUUUUGUUACAUACAAUUUCCAUCUAUUUCUGAUGCUGAAAAGUUCAUCACUCGACAAUUGUGUCUCUGUUACCAAGUACCAACAGUCUUUAUGACAAGCAAGUUUUUUUUUUAUGUCGAAGAGCUCAAUUCUCAUGAAGAAAAAAAAAACAAUUCUUUUUAGUUAUUAAUGUAAUUUCAGUCAUUUUCAUUCAACAUAUUCCAAAAAUUGUGAAAAAUUAAUAAAACUAAAACAAUAA